AUGGCCGCGGGCACUCGUCGCCAGAGCAUCGAGGUCUUUCGACUGCGACUGCGUGAGACAAUGAACGAGGGCGACGACAGCGAGAGCGUCAGUAGUACCCCCAGUACCCCCAGUAUUUCGAGUCUCCCAGAGCAUCAGGAGCUCUCGGCGAUGCUGCCAAGUCAAGAGAGUAACUCCAGUCGACGGUUGAUGUACCCUAUCGAAGAGAUUACGACGGAAGAGGGGACGAGAGAGCAACAGCAGCAGCAGCAGAGCCAGGGAGAAGCUGUUGAGAAGACGGUGACGAGACGUUCCGUUCGUCUUGACAUAAACAUUGGCGAGGACAGUGAUGAGGACCAAUUAUUUUCGGGACAGGGGAGUCAAAUUGACGACGACAGUCGAGAAGAAGAGGAGAUUGACGGCCGUGAACCUCAGGCUGGACGCAAACCUCCUUUUCUCGCGACUUCGUACUCUUCUGGCGACGACAGUAGCUCGAGGACUUUGCGUUGCAGUCUUGAUGCUGUCAACUGUCCGUCUUUUUUGGACGCUAGAGAUGCUCGAGCUAUUGAAGCUGUCGCGCAACUCGGGGAGAGCCUCGAAUCGUUGGAGAGUGAGGAACGAAUGAUGGCGAGCGGAGCUGAAAGUAGAGCAACAACUACAGUGCAAAAGACGACGCGAUCAAAUUCGUUGCCGGCGGCUCAAUCGAAGGACACUCUUCGCGAGUCGAGGUGUGUCGUGCUUGUAACGCGCCCGAGUCAGCGCGAUAUUGAAAUGUGGACAGAGCGUGCAACAAGCACGAUGGUCAAGUCCACCGAAAGCAGUGCUCGAACGACGCCGACCAGCGCACAGAGUCGGCGGUGGGUGCUCGAGUACAAGCCCGUGGUCCGCCACUCUGGAUGGCUCAUCAAGCGUGGUCAUGGUUUGCGUAAUUUCAAGCGCCGGUUGUUUUGUAUUGUGGACAAUGAGCUUAUUUAUCACGACACACAUGACGCAACAGAGGUUCGUGGUCGCCUGGAUCUCACGCGAAAGAGCACAGUGCAGUGUAUGUUGCAUAGCGGCUUCAAGUUUGUGCAAAGUGGGUGUGGUAUGGUUUUGUAUGCCUUGGAUGACCACGACCGGGAUGUGUGGAUUCGAAAAUUACAGGAACACAAUGUACAAUUGCUGCCUGAAGGUGCUAAGACAGCUAGACUUUUGAAGCAGAACAGCGAUAAUGCAGACAAAGGCGGUCCGAUUAUUUUUUCGGGUUGGCUGCGCAAACGUGGUCGUAUGGUAAAAUCCACAAAGCGACGCUGGUUUGAGUUGUCGAGCGGCACGCUUUCGUACUUUGCUCAUCCACAGGGAGGUUCCCGGAAGGGUUCUCUUGACGUCUCUCGGGCACGAGUAUCGCCUGUUGACACCAUUAAGACGGGCGAAAGACACAGCUUUCAGAUUUGUACAUCCAGCCGAAAUCUGUUCUUGCAUGCUGACAGCCAAGAAGAACGGUCAAUCUGGAUAGCUGCUCUCGCCUCGGUAAGCGAAGGAAGUAGUACGGGCGCGACACUGGCAGGCGGGACGCCCUCAAAAUCCGAUACCAAUGAUUUUGGCAUAUCCAUGAGCGUAUCGGAGAUUGGCUGGGCGUGUAAAUGCGGUGCGUUAGAAAAAGGUGGCGCGACUAUUGACGGUGUUUGUCGCCGCUGUAUGUCCUCCUUCAUCUCGAAUACAGAAGACGUGAUGGUGGAUGUAGCGCGCGAAGUGCAACUGCUGCUAGCAUCUCCGUACUCCCCGGAAGGUUGCACCUCCGCUGCUUUUUUGAAAGAGCACGCUGGUCGUCCGGUCCACAACGCGACGGUGCGGGAGUUCAUGACUGGACUCUCGGGCUAUUUGAUUCACACUCGCUUGAAAGAGCUGUUGAUGCUUGCGGGCGUCGCACAGCGUGACAGCAAUUUGGCAAGCGACGCCGCGGAGAAUCAGGCAAACUUCAAGAUUGGCGCUGCAGGCCUUCAAGACGUUGCAGUGGUGAACGAGACUACGAAUAACAUUCAAACGAUCGUUUACGAGCAGACGGAAGAACGUGUAUUGUUUCCUCUUUACCGCGCGAUCUUGACGAACGUGCAUGCACAAACACGAGAGGAUGCGAAGGUACUGAAGGGGAAGAUUGAAAUUCUGCGCAGCAAAUCGCAAGCAUUCUUCGGCAUUGGUCCUGACAGCGUGUCGUCUUCUCGAUGGGUUUCGGCUUGUGCAAAACUACGGGAAGUGGACAAGGUGAGUCUCCCGUACAUGAAACGUGCGCAGCUGCUGGCUGCUUGCAAGGACAUCUACGCCGUCUACCACACAGAGCACCCUGCUCAGCCGCCCAUGAGUGCUGACGCCUUCAUCCCAGCCUUCAUCUACGUGCUCAUUCACUCCCAUUUGCGCGACCCUGUGGCGCUCAAAGAGUUGAUCACGACCUUCGAUUUGGGCAGUCAACAUGGCGAAAUCGCCUACUUCGUGACAUGUCUGGAGAUUGCACUCGAGUACAUUCGAUCGCUACUGACCGCAUGUACAGUGGUGCUCUCUUCAGCUCGCAAACUCGGGAUUGAGUUUGCCAAGCACGUGGAAGCCGAUGUGGUGAUUGUCCAUCGACUUUUGCCAGGUGAGCAAGCUGAGCAGAGCGGUGUGAUCAAUCUUGGCGACGUGCUUGUUGCUGUAAACGGAUUGCCAGUGUACGAGAUGGAGCUUGCAGAAGUUGCAAAACUCUGGCGUGGCAUUGAUGGGGAGGCCGAAUUUUGUUUCCUGCCUAUGGACGAGUAUCUGCGGAAGUAUGGCACGUCAUAA